UGCUAGGCAGAGGCCUUCAGAAAACCAGACGCCUCGCCACCCUCAUCCCCUCCCCGUCGCCAUGGCCGUCUCCACCUCCACCUCCACGCUCCCCCUCCUCUUCCUCCACCGCUCCACCUCAAGCCCGAACCCCGCCGCCCUCUCCUUCCCCUCCUCCCUCCGCGCAUCCCCGCUGCGCUCCCGCGCCGCCGCGGCCGCCUCCCCGCCCGCCGAGACCCUCGACCUACCUUCCGACACGCCUCCGGUUGGGGAGGGAAGUGGAAUUCCGAUGCCGUCGUCGAUUGGGGAUGAUGGGGAGCAGUUGCUGUUUGGUGCUACUGCCGGAAAGGAAAAUGUUCCGGCAUGUGCACAGUUGCACCCGUCCUUCAGUGAUUCCUUCAAUGUAUCUCAAGAGAAAAUAGUGAUAAUGAACAGAUAUGGAGAGAAACUCGCAGGGGUUUUGCAUGAAGCUGGAUCUAAGGACAUCGUAGUGUUAUGCCAUGGAUUUAGGUCAUCAAAGGAAAGUAGAACCAUAAUGGGUCUUACUGAUGCAUUAACAUCAGAGAAGAUUAGUGUCUUUCGUUUCGAUUUUUCUGGCAAUGGAGAGAGUGAAGGCACAUUUCAGUAUGGCAACUACUGCAAAGAGGUGGAGGACUUGCAUGCUGUAAUCCAACAUCUGAAGGACCAGAAGCGUGAUACUCGUGCUAUUGCUGGCCACAGUAAAGGAGGAGAUGUGGUCAUCAUCUAUGCAUCCAUGUAUCAAGAUGUAUCUCGUAUUAUCAACAUGUCUGGAAGAUUUGAUCUGAAGCGUGGAAUUGCAGAUCGCCUUGGCAAUGAUUAUAUGGAAAUAAUAAAUCAACAUGGUUUCAUUGACGUGGGACAGAAAAAAGGACAAUCCAUCUACCGUGUAACGAAAGAAAGUCUGAUGGAUCGUCUUAAGAUAGAUAUGCAGAGUGCAUGCAUGUCUAUUGACCCUAAUUGCAGGGUCUUGACAGUUCACGGCUCUGAUGACGAUGUUGUGCCAUCUGAGGAUGCUAUGGAAUUUCAUAAAUAUAUAAGCAACCACGAACUGCAUAUUAUUGAAGGAGCUGAUCAUAGAUAUUCAUCUCAUCAGCUUGAGUUGGCUAACAUUGUAGUGAAAUUUGCUAGAUCUGGGUGACAGGACGAUGUUGGAACAAAUGUAACCCUGACUUUGGCCCAAUAUUUUUGUGAUUGACGUUGUCAUCAAUUUGCUGGCAACUACAAAUUUCCCUAUCAAAUCUAGUUGAAUGUGU